CAUUGUUUCUGUUUGUGUUGCCAAUUUUGCUCAGAAAAACCUAACCUAAUAUUUUUAGAAUUGUGGCGUUCUUCGUGAAUUUGAGUUUAUAAACCAAUAUAAAGAGUUGAAAUUGAUUGGUUGAGAAAUAUAAUAAAAUAAUAAGUUGUAAUGUUUGAAAUAUCUGAUUUUGUUUCUUUAUAAGAAGUAUAUACAGUUAAAAGUUUAUGUAGCGGUACUUCCUCGGAAUAAGGUAUCAUAUCCAAGUUUGAAAAUGUAUUCUGUGUGCAAGACUACUCAUCCAGCAACAGGGAUAGAACAUUCGAUCACAUGCAACUUCUUCAACCGCUCAGAGAAGUCACUAGUCGUUGCUGGAGCUAAUGUAAUCCGAGUGUUACGGCUCAUCCCAGAUGUCGAUCCAAAUAAAAAGAAACCUAAAAACAUAAACACACCUCCCAAGAUGAAGAUGGAGUGUCUUGCUACGUACACUCUGUACGGCAAUGUGAUGUCUAUGCAGUCGGUGAGUUUAGCAGGAUCACAACGGGAUGCGCUUCUGUUGAGCUUCCGGGAUGCAAAACUCAGCGUUGUCGAGUACGAUCUGGACACCCACGACUUGAAAACCCUGUCCCUUCACUAUUUCGAGGAGGAAGAGAUAAGGGGUGGUUGGACCCAACACACCCAUAUACCCAUAAUUCGAGUGGACCCAGAGGGCAGAUGUGCAGUUAUGUUAGUGUACGGGAGACAGCUGGUGGUGCUUCCGUUCCGCAGAGAGACCAUCCUCGAGGAUGGAGAUAUCCUGGCCGAGGAUCCCUCCACCUCUGGACCACAGUCCAAGGCUCCUGUCCUUGCAUCGUACAUGAUCAUCCUCAAGGAAGUUGAAGAGAAAAUGGAUAACAUUAUUGAUAUCCAAUUUCUACAUGGUUACUACGAACCUACUUUACUGAUUCUCUACGAACCUGUAAAAACUUUCUCUGGGCGUAUCGCAGUCAGACGGGACACUUGUGCUAUGGUAGCUAUCUCCUUGAACAUCCAGCAGAGGGUACAUCCGGUCAUCUGGUCUGUUUCCAACCUGCCCAUGGACUGUACACAGGCACUGGCAGUGAGGAAGCCUCUCGGAGGCACUCUUAUCUUUGCCAUCAACUCGCUCAUCUACCUUAACCAGAGUGUGCCGCCGUACGGUAUAUCUCUAAACUCCGUCACAGAUGUCAGCACCAGUUUCCCCUUAAAACUCCAAGAAAAUGUGAAAAUGACUCUGGAAGGGGCUCAGGCCAGUUUUAUAUCCAAUGAUCGGCUCGUCCUGUCCUUGAAGAACGGAGAACUGUACGUGCUGACUCUCCACGCAGACAGUAUGCGCAGUGUACGCAGUUUCCACUUCGAGAAGGCUGCUGCCAGUGUGCUUACCACGUGUACUUGUGUGUAUGCGGACAACUACUUGUUUCUGGGAUCAAGGCUCGGAAAUUCUCUACUAUUAAAGUUUACAGAGAAGAAGACAAUAGAAGGCUAUAAGCCACCUACAAUCGAUCUCACCCAGCCCCCUCUCAAAAAGAGAAGAAUGGACACAUUGGGAGACUGGAUGGCAUCUGAUGUGGCUGAUAUUCGAGACUUGGAUGAGCUCGAGGUGUACGGCAGUGAGGCUCAAACCUCCAUUCAACUAACUUCAUACUCUUUUGAGGUUUGUGACAGUCUGCUGAACGUUGGACCCUGCGGCAACAUUUCGAUGGGUGAGCCAGCGUUCCUCUCCGAGGAGUUCUCCAACAACACUGACCCUGAUGUAGAGCUGGUCACAACCUCUGGUUAUGGCAAGAACGGAGCUCUGUGUGUACUACAGCGCUCUGUGCGGCCACAGGUUGUGACAACGUUCGAGCUGACAGGUAUCACAGACAUGUGGAUUGUGACAGGCAGAGAAACAGUACAGGACGAGUCCCAAGAGCCCACACAUGCUUUCCUCAUCUUGAGCCAGCCUGAGUCUUCUAUGAUUCUACAAACAGGACAGGAAAUCAAUGAAAUAGACAACUCAGGUUUUAACACGCAAGGGCCUACUAUUUAUGCUGGAAAUCUUGGUUCAAACAAGUAUGUCAUUCAGGUAUCACAAAUGGGGGUAAGAUUGCUGCAAGGGCCAGAGCAGAUACAGCACAUGCCACUAGACCUCGGCUCACCAGUGGUGCAUGCCACUUCGGUCGAUCCUUACGUGUUCCUGCUCACCGAAGACUGCCAGGUGGUGGGGAUGACUCUACGAGAGACUAAGACCUCUGCUCGACUCAUAGCCAAGCAGGACAUCAUUUCUCCUAAACCAGCAAUCACAGCAAUGCAUGCCUACAGAGAUGUGUCGGGAAUGUUCUCGUCCCUACUGCCAGAAACUGAUCUGCAUCUUGAUCCUGAACAGCGCUUCUCCCAUGAAAACAUCAAAAGAGAAGUUGAUGAUGAAGAUGAGUUGCUGUAUGGAGAGCCAGGAACUACUGAAAAGCCAGGACCUACUAAAAUGGCUGGAAAAGCUGCUCCAUGGUGGGGAAAGUACUAUAUGGAGGUGAAGGCGACAUACUGGCUACUGGUGACUCGGGAGAACGGUCACCUGGAGAUGUACUCCGUGCCAGACCUGCUGCUGAGUUACCUGGUGGCUGGGAUAGGCCAAGGACACAGGGUCCUGAGCGACAGUCUGGGAGCAAUACCUACAGUGGCUCAGGGCCUUGGCCCCGUCCACGACCCAGUUGAACAUCAAAUUCGAGAGCUAAUGGUGGCGCCCCUGGGGAACAUGAGCUCUCGUCCAUUGCUCAUCCUGAGAACAGACGACCAGAUCCUGCUGUACGAAGCGUACCGCUAUCCUAAGGGUCAUUUGAAAAUGAGGUUCAGAAGAAUCCCUCAAAGCAUUCUGGUGAAGUUAACUCAAGAAGAGAAGAAAGCAAGAGCAAAACAAGAAGGUCCAAAAGUGAAUCAGCUUCGAUAUUUUGGCAACAUUGCCGGAUAUAAUGGGGUGUUUGUCUGUGGGAAUCAACCUCACUGGAUAUUUCUCACGUUCCGAGGAGAGUUGCGCAUCCACCCCAUGACCAUAGAUGGCAGUGUUACUUGCUUUGCACCCUUUAACAACAUCAACUGUCCUCAAGGCUUCUUGUACUUCAACCAAAAGGGAGAGUUGCGUAUCUGCGUGCUGCCAACACAUUUGUCGUACGAUGCGUCAUGGCCUGUCCGCAAGGUACCGCUGAGAUGUACACCGCACUUCAUCACCUACCAUCUGGAGAGUAAGACGUACUGCCUGGUCACUAGCACAGCCGAGCCCACCAACGAGUACUACAAGUUUAAUGGAGAGGAUAAGGAACUAUCUGUUGAAGAGAGGGAUGAAAGGUUUCCACUUCCUGUCCAAGAGAGGUUCAGUGUGCUUUUGUUCUCACCAGUCUCCUGGGAGAUCAUCCCAAACACCAAGAUGGAACUGGAGGACUGGGAACAUGUGACGUGCCUGAAGAAUGUGAGCCUGGCAUACGAAGGCACCCGCAGUGGACUCAAGGGCUACAUAGCUUUAGGGACCAACUACAACUACAGUGAGGAUAUCACUAGCAGAGGCAGGAUUCUGAUAUUUGAUAUCAUAGAAGUAGUGCCCGAGCCUGGUCAGCCUCUCACCAAGAACAGGUUCAAGAUGUUGUACUCCAAGGAGCAGAAGGGUCCUGUCACAGCUAUGACUCAUGCUCUGGGCUUUCUCGUGUCAGCGGUCGGACAAAAGAUCUACAUUUGGCAGCUCAAGGACAAUGAUCUAGUGGGAGUGGCAUUCAUCGACACACAGAUCUACAUCCACCAGAUCCUGAGUAUCAAGAGUCUGAUACUUGUAGCAGACGUGUACAAGUCCAUCACACUACUGCGAUUCCAGGAGGAGUACAGGACAUUGUCUCUGGUCAGCAGAGACUUCCGAGCCUGUGAGGUCUUCAACGUGGAGUUCCUCAUUGACAACGCCCAUCUGGGCUUCCUUGUAUCAGAUAGGGAAAAGAACAUUGUUCUCUACAUGUAUCAACCGCAGGCCCGAGAGAGUUACGGAGGUCAGAGGCUUAUACGUAAAGCUGACUUUCAUGUGGGACAGCACAUCAACACAUUCUUCAGGAUUCGGUGUAAAGUUGGCGAUGGAACGGUGGAGAGGAGACAUCAAGUGUUAGCUGAGAAACGACAUAUCACCAUGUUUGCAACACUUGAUGGAGCACUGGGUUAUUUGUUACCAGUCCCAGAGAAGUCUUACCGAAGGCUACUCAUGUUGCAAAAUGUACUUGUCAACCAAGUACAACACACAGCUGGCCUAAAUCCAAAAGCCUACAGGCAAUACAAGAGUUGGAGCAAACUGCAAGGUAACCCAGCGAGAGGGGUGAUAGAUGGCGAGUUAGUGUGGACUUACCUCAGUCUGCCAGUCCUGGAACGUGCGGAGAUAGCCAAGAAGAUCGGAACCAAAGUGGACGAGAUCAUUGAUGACCUCGGUGAAAUUGAGAAAGUGACUGCGCACUUCUAAGCAUGUUAGGUUUCUUGACAAGAACUAAAUACCAAUCGGAUGGUAUUACUGCCUUGUAAAAUACUUGAUCUCAUUAUGUAUAAUUGAUAUUUUACAUAAAAGUGAGUUUAUGUUUCACCAACAACUACUUCCAUGUACAGCUUCGAAUUGUUACUUCUGAGAAGUGUAUAUAUAGAUAGCAGUAACACAUCUUUCCCUUGUAAUUUGUUGUAGAGUUGUUGAAAAACUGAAAUAUAGCUUGUAAGUUUUUUAUUGUAA